CCAUUUCCAGACCGUAGUUCUGAGUUCUGAGACUGUCUUGUCUUCCACGACGCUGACUCAGUGAGUCAAUGAGUCAAGUCGUUUCCGCUAAAUUUGGAAUCUCACAAAAAUGAUUCGCACUUUGGCGUUUCAUUUCUCCUACCACCGCCAUCCAACAUAAGCUGCUGCUUCUUCUCUUUUUCGCUCUCUGGCUUCGCUUCCUCCUUUUUCUGCAGAUACAAAUUUUUACAUAGCAUAGAUCAUAUAUUGCAGCUAUGAGAAAAUCAUGUUAUCAUCAAUUCAAGGAGACAUGUGAUCAGAUAUUAAUUCCUCCAUUGUUGCAUUUUCUGGAAGUCUUGAUUUGAUUCUGAGUCCGGAAAGAAACUUAAAAUACGUAUUUUAGGCUUGUGUUUUUGGUUUGCUGUUUAGGUUUAGGCAUGAGCUGUGUUUACAGUUAUGGAUAAAGAAAAUCAAAGUAAAUAUAGAAAAGGAAGAAAAAGUUGAGGAUAUCAUAUUGUGAUUCUCCAUUAAAUCCUUGAUGGGAAACGAUUGAAUAGGUUGUGAGGUUCAUAACUUGUCUAUUUUUCAGUCAGCGAGGUUUUGAACCGGUAAUUGAUAAUGGCUUGUGUGGCACUUCGUACAGUUCAUGAAGAAUUGAUUAACACCCAUGGCCAUGGUGAAUUUACUGGCUGCUUCAGUCCUCAUUUGAAGGAUUCAAUUUUGAUUUACCUAACUGUUGGUGGAUCUGUGAUUCCCAUGCAUAUUAUGAAGACAGAUUCAAUUGCUUCAGUGAAGCUGAGAAUUCAAACCUUCAAAGGUUUUUUUGUCAAGAAACAGAAACUCGUUUUUGAAGGUAAGGAGUUGGCUCGUAACAAAUCUUGUAUCCAUGAUUAUGGUGUUGGUGAUGGGAAUGUGUUGCACCUGGUGCUUAGGCUUUCUGAUCUUAAAGCUAUCACAGUUAGGACUGUGUGUGGAAAGGAGUUUGGGUUUUAUGUUGAGAAGAAUAGGAAUGUAGGUUAUGUGAAGCAGCAGAUUGCAAGAAAAGGGCAAGGGUUCUUGAAUCUCAAGGAUCAAGAAUUGAUAUGUGAGGGUGAGGCGCUUGAAGACCAGAGACUUAUUGAGGAUAUCUGCAAGGACAAUGAUGCUGUGAUUCAUUUUUUGGUCCGGAUAUCAGAUGCUAAGGUCAGGACUCAACCAGUUGAGAAGGAUUUUGAAUUAUCAAUUGAGGCAUCAUGUGCGCAUAAUAUGGUUCCAAAGUUAAGGGGAGACCAGUUAGGAUCAGUGUCUGUCACAAAUAAGGUCCUAAAAAGUAACCAACUUACAAGAGAUUUUCUUUUGGAACCAAUUAUUUUGAAUUCCAAUAUCAAAAUUCCGCUAGUGGUCCAGGAGCUAAUUAAGAUUACUUCGGAGGGGUUAGAAAAAGGAUAUAAACCAAUUCAGUCUUCAGAGGGAUCAGGAGGAGCUUAUCUCAUGCAAGAUUCAACUGGUUUAAAGUAUGUUUCUGUUUUCAAGCCAGUUGAUGAGGAGCCAAUGGCAAUCAAUAAUCCUAGAAGCCUACCUGUCUCUGUCGAUGGUGAAGGAUUAAAAAAAGGUACACGAGUUGGGCAAGGUGCAUUGAGAGAAGUAGCAGCUUACAUUUUGGAUCAUCCUAGGAAAGGACCACGUUCAUAUUGUAACAAUGAAGAACCGGGAUUUGCUGGGGUUCCUCCAACAGUCAUGGUCAAAUGCAUGCACAAAGGAUUUCAUAAUACAGAAAGUUAUCACAAUGGUUCAGGUAAUAUCAAAAUAGGAUCGCUUCAGAUGUUCGUGAGGAAUAUUGGAAGUUGUGAAGACAUGGGCCCUAGUGCAUUUCCGGUGGAAGAGGUACACAAGAUCUCGGUGCUGGACAUCAGGUUGGUAAAUGCAGAUAGGCAUGCUGGGAACAUUUUGAUUACCAAGGAUGAUGAAGAUGGUGAGGCUGUCCUUAUUCCAAUUGAUCAUGGCUAUUGCUUGCCUGAGAGUUUUGAAGACUGCACUUUUGAUUGGUUAUACUGGCCCCAAGCAAAGGAGCCUUACUCCCCAGAUACCAUUGACUACAUAAAAUCUCUGAAUGCUGAAGAAGAUAUUAAGCUUUUAAAGUUUCAUGGAUGGGAUCUUCCUCCUGAAUGUGCCCGAAUCCUUCGUAUAUCUACCAUGCUUCUUCAGAAAGGUGCAGAGAGAGGACUCACUCCUUUUGCCAUUGGAAGCAUCAUGUGUAGAGAAACAUUGAAGAAAAAAUCUGUCAUUGAGGAGAUAAUUCAGGAAGCAGAGAAAGCUGCACUUUCUGGAACAAGUGAAGCUGCAUUUCUUGAUCAUGUUUCAGUGAUCAUGGAUAGUUAUUUAGCAAAGCUAUUCCCAUGACUGAAUACAUAUUGUUCACGUACAAAAUAAUACUAUGAUAACAUAGUGAAAGUGAUGAUGCUCCAUCCGUCUUCAAAGUGGAUCCCAAUCUUGUAUACUGGACUCUGGUUGGAACUUCUACCCGACGACUAAUCAAGCAUUUGAUGCUUGUGUGUUACAAUAUCAACUUCUCUUAGUGUUUUUAUAUAUAUCUCUAAUAACAUGGAAAUAUAUU